CCUUUCUCCGCCAUCGUGGUGUGUUCUUGCUUCCACUUCUCGCCAUGUCUUCUCACAAGACUUUCAGGAUUAAGCGAUUCCUGGCCAAGAAACAAAAGCAAAAUCGUCCCAUUCCCCAGUGGAUUCGGAUGAAAACUGGAAAUAAAAUAAGGUACAACUCCAAAAGGAGACAUUGGAGAAGAACCAAGCUGGGUCUAUAAGGAAUUGCACAUGAGAUGGCACAUAUAUUUGUGCUGUCUGAAGGUCACGAUCACAUUACC